CAAUGACCUAUACAUUGACAGAGUUCAGUGUGACAUAUACAUACAUGUAUAUCUAAUACAUUUCAUAAUAAUAUUUAUGGCAAACUUUUGUUGUGCGCAGACAACGCGUUGCUGGGCAACCGUUUGGUCGAUAAUUAUCGAUUCCCACACAUUGUGCUUUGUUACAUUGAGUAUUUGAAUUCGUUUAUUUUCAUCGUGUUAUAUUUAGUGUGACAUCAUGCCGCCUAAAAAAGAAAAAGGUAAGAAACAAAAACAGGAAGAAGCCCCGACAGCGCCCACAGUCACGGAGACGGAAAAAACAUUUUUCGAAUUGGAAAUAGCAGAUUGCAACAGAAAAGUCGCAAGACUUCGGGCCUCCAUUGAAGAAUACGAAAUACGGAAUGAGGAGUUACAGAAAGCGUACGAUAAGUUGGACGAAGACCGCGCAGAUAUUAUUGCAUAUCUCAAGAAAGUGCUCAAUACCAAAAAUGAAGAAAACGUCGAGCUGAAAGAGAAAGUGAAAGGUCUGGAGGAAAUCAGGGAAAUAGAAACGGCUAACUUUAAGAAAACCGUGUCUGAACUGGAAAGAAAUUUUACCGUAAUGAAAGAACAACUGACUUCUGAAAAUAAGUUGUUAGCAGGUAAAUUAAAUACACUUGAAGAAUUUAGAUGUAUAAGAGAUGAGUUAAUGAGGAAAUAUGAGAAACAGGAACAAGACUUUAAAGACCAAGAGAUGAAAUACAAAAGGAUUAUUUAUGACGCUGAAAAGAAAUUUGUAAUAGGUAAAGAUAAAUUAAAAAAAGAAAUGGAAGGCAGACUGUUACAGCUAGCCCAGGAUUUUCAAGACGCGACUGAACUUAGAGUAGCGGCGUCCACUCACAGAGUGAUCAGGGAAAACAUAGCGAUCAAUAAUGAACUCGAUAACAUAUUGUCCGCGCAAUCCAAGUUAACUGACCUUAAUGAGAAGUUCAGGGAAAGCGAGAGAAAUGCUCGCAUCUCUAUGGAACUAGCCGAGGAGGAAAGAGAUAAAGCUAUCAAUAGAAGUAUCGUCCAAAAGAAAGUGAUCGAUCAGCUCACAGCGGCUUUCCAAAAUAUAAACAAGGAAAAAGCUUUAUUCGAAAAAAGAAACUAUGACUUCGAAACGUUGCAAGUGAAGAUUCAGAAACUAACCAAAGAAAAUGAGAACCAGUUGUUGCAAAUUCGUAUUCUAGAGCAAAAUCUUCACGCCAAAAUGACUGAUGAAAAUAAAUCUAUCGUUGAAACGUCUAAAGUUAAUAAAGAAAAUGCUAAGCUGAAAAAAAUAUUAAAAGAAGCGGCAACAGCGAUCCAGGCAGCUUUGAAAUUAGACGAAUGGGCCACCACGGACAAGAGUCGUGACAUAAUGAAUAGAGAACUAUUGCUUUCGCGCUUGCUAUCAAUCAUAAACCAAUAUCGCGAAUUGCAUAAAGCCGACUCCACAGAUACUAUCGCUUCUCUAAGUAAAAUAUACGAAGAAGGCGAUUUAGGAUUCGUCCCGAAACCGUCUUCGAAGAAAUCGAUGGGUUCCACGGUCGCUCUAACAUUAUCUAGGGAAACACUCCCCGCUGAAAAAGAAAGCGCUGUCUCGAUAGCGGAGUCCACCUCGACGAUAGGCAGUGUCAAAACCAUUCCUAGUAUGAAACUUAUCCCUCCGUCGUCGGUACAGGAUGUCACCGUGAAACAAAGCAUCGCCUCGUUUGUGACGUCAUCUCACUCCUCGGAGACUCCGGAAUCCUCCGAGAAAGAAAAGGAGGACGAGAGCGACGACAUAGAGGCGCAACUCGUUAAAAGUAAACUGGAAAUACAGAAAUCGAUAAUGAAAGAUUUGGCGUCACAAAGGAGGCUGAGCUCGCGAGCCAGGCUCUCCGAAGAAAAACAGAAGGCAUUGAUGUCCAAGUCCGUUAUCUUUGAGGAAAAAGACGAUGAAAGCGUAGAGGGCGAAGGGCGUCAGGCGGGAGACUCGGAGGCUGUGACGGGCGAGGGUGAGGACUCGGGGCAGGAGGAGCAGACGCCUGACGGUGACAAGGAUGAGGAGCAGCAUAAGGAGGAGGAGCCCAAGUGAACACGUCUAGUAUAUAUGUAGAAUUUCUAAUUGUCACAUUUUAAUUUUUCAGACUUACUCGUUUAAAAGAAAAGACUUUUAUGGUGUUUAUGAUGUGUACUUUUAUGAUAUUAUGUUAAGUAUGUAUUGAUGGAUUUAUUUUGCUAAAUGUAUUUCAGAAUAAAGUGU